AUGUACUUUCUAGUGGAUUCAUCCCGGAGUAUUGGAGAGGAGAACUUUGAACAUGUCAGACAGUUUCUUUACAGCCUGAUACAAUCCCUACACCAGGUUGGAGGACAGAAGUUUAAGUUUGCCCUGGUGCAGUACAGUAGCAGGCCCCACACUGAGUUUGGGCUCAACACUUAUUCAGGAUCCCAGGAAGCCCUGGCACACAUCAAGACUAUGUCUUAUCACGGUGGGGGGACACGCACUGGCCUGGGCCUGGAGUUCCUUACGCGUACACAUUUCACCGCUGCUUCUGGCAGUCGUGCCGCCGACGGCGUGUCCCAGGUGGUGGUGGUGCUAACGGACGGGCGCUCUCAGGAUGACGUGGCAGAGCCAGCUCAGAUGCUGCACAUGGCAGGCGUGGAGAUGUUUGCAGUUGGGGUUCAGGAUGCAAUGGACUCCGAACUCAGGGAGAUGGCUAGCCAGCCUUACGACACGCAUGUAUUCAAUGUAGACUCUUUCCUGCAGUUGGGGGAAAUAAUUCAAGAUUUAGUAGUGUGUCUUUGCGGUGCAGUGGCCCAGUCAGGGGGGACUAUGGCAAAUGAGGCCCCAGUGCCUGGAGGAGGGACAGCACAAGAUUCAGCUGACCUAGUAUUCUUAAUUGAUGGAUCUGAGAACGUUGGAGCAGCAAACUUCCCCUAUGUGCGUGAUUUGGUUUCGAGAGUUAUUGAGACCCUUGAUGUGGGCAGAGACACUAUUAGGGUGGCUUUGGCCCUGUACAGCACUGACCCAGAGAUCAAAUUCUAUCUUAAUAGCUAUUACAGCAAAUCAGCAGUCUUGGAAGCUGUAAAAGGCCUGACCUACCAAGGGGGUGCUGAAUCCAACCUGGGGGCUGCCUUGGAGGAAGUGGCUGAAAGCCUUUUAAGUGAAACGGCUGGGGGCAGGGCAGAUGAGGGUGUGCCCCAGAUGUUGGUGAUUGUCAGUGCCGGUCCAUCCACUGAUGAUGCAGGUGCUGAUGAUCAGGCCCUUAAGAGGUCCGGUGUUAUCACAUUUGGAGUGGUGAUUGGUGACACUGCAACUGCAGAUCUGGAAGAGGUUGCCACAGACAAAAGCUUCAUCCUGUCAGCUCCCGAUUUCAGAGCACUUGAAAGCAUGGGUAAUCUGCUCCGUCCAUACAUUGAUGCCGUGAUGCAGCGCAACAUUAUAGUUCAUAAUGAGUUCACUGAAGUGGUGACAGUUGGAAAACGAGACAUAAUUUUCCUUGUCGACAGUACAAUGGGAACAGCCGCCAUUGGUGCUUUGCGUGAAUUCAUCAAGCGGUUUGUCAGCACAAUGCCUAUUGGUCCAGAUGGAGUUCAAGUAGGGAUUGCCCAAUUUACUACAACUCCCAGACUGGAGAUGGAUCUCAACAGCCAUGGAAGUAGAGAAGCAUUAGUUGCUGCUUUGGGUGCUAUCCGACCACGACCAGGAACGACUAUCAAUAUUGGAGCAGCCUUGGACUUUGUGCGGACGAAUAUGCUGCGGGCUGACAGGGGCAGUCGUUUUCAGCAGAAUGUACCUCAACUUGUACUGCUGUUAACAAGUAAGAAGUCUACUGACAGUGUGGUGGAACCUGCUAUGGCACUGCAGCAAAUGGGUGUAUUGACUCUGGCUGCCGGGUCCAAAAGUGCUGAUGUCCAGGAGCUGAAGCAAGUUGCCUUUGCUGACAAAGUUGUUUUCUCCAAGAGUGACUUCCGGCAACUGUUUCGCAAUCCACGGGAUAUUGUCAAUGCACUUUCGACUCUCGCUGGGGUGGUAGUGCCUGAAGGACCCACUGAAUCAGAGGUGGAGAUAACUACAGUGCAGACACAGAAAGUGGUCCGAGACAUUGUCUUCCUUGUGGACGGCUCAAACUACGUAGGGGGUACUAACCUGCCCUUUGUGAGAGACUUCAUGAUCAACGUGGUGAACCAGCUAGAUGUUCGUCCUGAGAGGGUCCAAAUCGGUCUCCUACAGUUUGCCGACCGGCAAAGAGUAGAAUUUUACCUGAACAGCUACAGCAACAGACAAGCAAUUGUGGACAAAAUCUCUCAGCUCAGGUUAAUUGGAGGCUCAGUGGUGAACACAGGAGCUGCUAUGAAUUACGCCCUGGCCACUAUGUUCCAGCCUUCAGCUGGGUCACGCAAGAUGCAAGAUGUCCAGCAAGUGUUGGUCCUGAUCACUGGUGGCCCAUCCCAAGAUGAACUCAAGUCGGUGGCUGAUAAAUUGGCUUUAUCUGGUGUUUUGACUUUCACAGUCAGCGCUGGACAAGCAGAUGAAGCAUUACUGAAGACAGUUGCCUUUGUUCCAGAUUUAGCUUACCAUCAGACAAGCUUCUCAAAUUUUCCAGCUUUGGCUGAAGUCAUCAUGCCAAAGCUAACGACAGUGGUUGGCGAUACCAGUUACCAGGUAGCAGUGCCAGUCGCAGGAGCUGAAAGAGAUGUUGCUUUCCUCAUCGAUGGAACAGACAAUGUUCGAGCAGAUUUUCCCUACAUCCGAGAUUUUAUUCUGAAAGUGAUUGAACCACUUGACAUUGGGAGUGACAGAGUACGAGUUUCAGUGGUUCAGCACAGUGAGAGACCAACUCCAAAUUUCUACCUUAACACGUAUAAAACAAAAGAUGAGGUGAUUAGAGCUGUUAGUUCAAUGACACUGGCUGGCGGCCGCAGUUUAAAUACAGGAUCAGCUUUGAGAUUCAUGAGGAGCACCAUCCUAUCUGAAGGCUAUGGCGGCCGGGCUUCUCAAAAUGUCCCACAGUUUCUGAUUGUUUUGGCUGGAGACAGAUCCAUGGAUAAUGUCAAAGAACCAGCAGGUCAACUGAAGACAGAAGGAGUAGUACCAUUUGGUGUGGGUGUUAAGAAUGCAGAUGCAAAGCAGAUAGAGGCCAUUUCACACAACCCUUCUUUUGCCUUCACUGUGAGCGAAUUCAGUGAACUGAGUACCAUACCACAAAAGCUCAAUAACUAUGUGGGCCUUCCAAAGGAACAGCUGCAGAUCGUCCUACAGCAAGCGGAAACGCAGGGGCCACGGAAGGACAUUGUUUUCCUUGUUGAUGGAUCUGAUGGUGUUGGACGAGAAUUUGCUAUCAUCCAAGAGUUUAUCCGUGGGGUGGUGACGAGUCUCAAUGUGGGUGAGAAUAAAAUCCGGAUAGCUGUGGUCCAAUAUGGUGACUCUGCUCAGACGGACAUGUAUCUGAAUUCACAUACAACAAAAGAAGGCAUUUUGAACGGCGUCAGAGGGAUGACCCAGCGAGGAGGAAGACAGCGUAACUUGGGACAGGCAUUGCAGUAUCUCAACGAGGAUGUUCUGACACCAGCAAGGGGGAGCAGAAAGCAAGAGGGGGUACCACAGUUCGUGAUUGUUGUGUCAAGUGGCUCCUCUACAGAUGAUGUCAGGCGUGCUGCCACCUCCCUCAAAAAAUCACAAAGUGUCCUCUUCAGCAUCGGCACCAGAGAUGUCAACCCUACAGAAAUCCGCGAAGUGUCAUCUGGGGCCAAUUUUGCCUUCCCUGUAGAUGAUCUUCCUGGGUUGUACACCGUCCAAGGAAACCUGCUCACCAGAAUAACAGAGUUGUCAGAUGAUGACAUUGUAGGAUUAGAUGGAAACAGAGUGCAGGAUAUCGUUUUUCUCAUAGAUGGCACGACAGCAGUGCGUAAUGAGUUUCCAUCUAUCCGUGCCAUGAUGACAAGAGUUGUGGAGAAACUGAAUGUAGGACUGGAUAAAGUCAGAGUUUCAGUGGUGCAGUACAGUGAUGAACCAAAGUUAGAAUUCCUUCUCAAUGAAUUCUCCACCAAAAACGAGGUACUCCAGGCUGUGUCAAGACUUACAAACAAAGGGGGGAAUCGUCUAAAUACAGGCCGUGCUCUUGAGUGGGUCUCUACAAACAUCUACAAGAGGUCGGCAGGAAGCCGCAUUGAGGAUGGCGUGCCACAGAUUCUUAUUCUAGUUACAGGGGGAAAAUCUUCAGAUGAUGUAUCCAGACCAGCGGACCAACUUAAGAAAAAUCUGGUUGCCCCUGUUGCCGUGGGUUCAAGAAAUGCAGAUGUAAAAGAACUGAAACAGAUUUCCCUGAGGUCAGACCUUGUAUAUACUGUUGACAACUUCCAACAACUUGAAAGAGUGGAACAAGACAUGCUUGAUUCAGUCACAGACAUUUCUAGUGAUGACAUCAGAAAUUAUGUUAGUGAUUUAGGCAUGCUGGAUCUUGGAAGAAAGGACAUUAUCUUUCUUAUUGAUGGCUCAGACAGUACAGGUCCUGCUGGGAUUGCACAUAUCCGUGACUUCAUCCUCAGCAUUGUCCAGCAACUUGAAGUGCAACCUGAUAAAGUACGCGUGGCUGUCGUUCAGUAUGCCGACGGAGUCAAAUCAGAGUUUUCGCUCAACUCGCACAACAACAAGCCGGCUGUUAUUUCUGCUAUAAAAAGACUUCGUCAGAUGGGUGGACGGACAUCAGAACUGGCUACAGCCAUGAAGUACGUCUUAGAGAAUGAGUUAAAAGCAUCGGCCGGUGUCCGACUGGCUGAGGCCUCCCAGCAUCUUGUGGUUCUCACCGGGAAACGCUCCACCCAAGACGUCUCUCUAUAUGGACCUCUGCUCAAGGGUGCCCGGGUCAACUGUAUUGGUAUUGGAGCUGGUAGUGCGGAUACGAGGCAGCUAGCCCAAGUUACCACUACAUCAGAAGAUGUUCUUCUGGUCCCAACAUUUCCCAACCUCCCAACAAUACGACAAAGGUUCAUUGAGAGGCUGACUCCACUGGGAGAUCAAUUUAUCCCAGAUUAUGAGACUCCAACGGAAGGCCUGCCUCCAGCUAAACAGGCUGAUAUUGUGUUUUUAAUGGAUGGAUCCAUUAACUUGGGAAGAGAAAACUUUAAUGAAGUGAAGGAAUUCAUCAUUAACUUAAUUGAUCUUUUCUAUACUGAUAGAGACGAUCUACGAAUUUCCCUGGCCCAUUAUGCCACAGAUGUGACUGAUGCUUUUUACUUAAACACUUACACCAACAGGCAAGACAUUUUAAAUGCCAUUGGCCGAGUGGAGUACAAAGGUGGACGUAGAAUAAACACUGGUGCAGCCAUUCGCCACGUUCAAGAUAAUCAUUUUAUAAAGGCAAAAGGCAGUAGGAUGGACGAGGGUAUUGCCCAGAUUCUUAUGGUUGUCACUGGAGGACGCUCAUCUGAUGACAGCAAGACGGCAGCCCUUGGUUUGAAGAACAAAGGUGUACGGAUCUUUGCAGUGGGAGUAGGUGACAUUCAAGAAGAACUGGAAAAUCUAGCAAGUGAAUCCUCCACUGUGGCUCGAGCAAGUACCUUUCAGGAACUUUCAGAACUCAAUGAGCAGAUCUUGGAGACUUUGGACGAUGAAGUCAAAGGGAGGCUGUGUGUUGGCGUACAAGAAACACAGCGAGCGUGCAACGUUGAGGUGUUAGUCGGCUUCGACGUGUCUGCCCAGAACAUCUUCAGCUCUCAAACUAACCUGCAGAACACUAUGGGGACCAUUCUACGGAGGAUUUCCAAAAUGGCACCUAUCAGUUGCUCGGGCGGCCAGGUUCCCACUGUUCAAGUGGGGAUGCUCGCACUGGAUUCUGCUUCUGAGCCCGUCCAGCUGGACUUCACUGACAAUCCUGAGCAGCUAUUUGAUGAAUUCAGAAAGCUGCGGAGUCGUGGUCCCUUUGUCCUAAAUGGUCGGACAAUUUCAACUUAUAUCAAUAGAUUCAAAAUCCGGCAAGACAACACUAUCAAGAUCAUCGUUCAUUUGACCGAUGGUUUAGAUGCACCAUAUGCUGAAAUGAAAAGGCGGGUUGAGGAGCUUCGUCUGUCAGGAGUGCAAGGUUUCAUUCUGGUUGGGCUGGAGAGGGUCCAAAGCUUUAAGGAGGCUUCGUUGUUAGAGUUUGGCCGUGGGUUCAGGUACACCAGACCCUUAGCACUCAACAUCAUGGAUUUGGACUAUGAGCUCGUAGAGGAACUGGACAACAUUGCAGAAAGGGAGUGCUGUGGAGUGCCGUGCAAAUGUACGGGUACCAGGGGAGACAGAGGAGCAGUUGGACAGCCCGGCUCGAAGGGUGGUCCAGGAUCAGCAGGAAGCCAGGGACAUCCUGGUGACGAGGGGGGACCUGGGGAGAGAGGUCCUGCCGGUAUAAAUGGAACACAGGGUUUUCAGGGAUGCCCUGGUCAGAGAGGUGUGAAGGGCUCUCGCGGCUACUCAGGAGAAAAGGGGGAAUUUGGAGAAAUUGGGCUCGAUGGCAUCAAUGGAGAAGAGGGUAAAAGUGGGAUUGCGGGUUCCCCAGGCGAUAGAGGAAGCGCGGGCGGAAGAGGUCCGAAAGGUGCCAAAGGACAAGCAGGAGACAUCGGACAAAAGGGGAUCAGCGGAGACCCUGGAACAAGUGGACCAGAUAAUAAGAUUGCAGGAUCUAAAGGAGAUCCUGGUGAUGCUGGACCAAUGGGAGAGGCUGGUCAAGAUGGAAAACAGGGGGGUGCUGGUGAAGCGGGAAGAAGGGGAGCUGAUGGCAGAAGAGGCCCACCUGGACAAGCUGGAAAUGCAGGACGGCCCGGAGCCGAUGGCCUGCAGGGAGAGCCCGGUAUCGCAGGAUCCAGAGGUCCACCUGGGCCUAAUGGUGCACCAGGAUCCAGAGGAGAAGAUGGGAAUCCUGGACCGAGGGGUCCUGGAGGCAGCCCAGGCUCUGCCGGUGAUAAGGGUAGAAGAGGACCUCUUGGUCGAAAGGGAGAGCCUGGAGAUCCAGGUCCUAAAGGUGUUGUUGGACCCGCGGGCCCUCGUGGAGAGCCAGGUGAAGACGGUAGAGAUGGCUUUGGAACUGCAGGUCCAAAAGGAAGAAAGGGAGAUGAAGGUUUCCCAGGAUUCCCUGGACCCAAGGGAUCAGCCGGGGACCUGGGGGGCCGUGGUGGGCCUGGAACCAGAGGAAACCGUGGGCAGAGGGGUGUCUCUGGAAAUAUUGGCACACCGGGACAAAAGGGAGAGGUUGGAUAUCCUGGGCCUUAUGGUUUCAAAGGACCAAGAGGACCAGGUGUUAAUCAAUGUGACCUGGUCAAGAAGAUCAGAGAAAACUGCCCUUGCUGUUUUGGUAAGCAAGAAUGCCCACUUUUCCCCACUGAGCUGGCCUUUGCCCUGGAUGUUUCUGGAGACGUGGACACUGCAGUCUUCAAAAAUCAGCGUGACACAAUUCUGCAAUUGGUCAAAGACAUUGCCAUCACAGAGAGCAACUGUCCUAGAGGAGCUCGUGUUGCUCUGACUCUAUACAACAGUGAAGUGAUCACUGAGGUUAGGUUUGCCGACGCAAUGAAGAAACGUGCGCUGCUAGAACACAUUGAGGGGCUGCAGAUCCCACAGACGAAAAAGCCCCGUAGUCUGGAAAUGGCCAUGAGCUUUGUGGCCCAGAACACCUUCAAGAGGGUGCGCAGUGGUUUCCUUUUGAGGAAGGUAGCCAUCUUCUUUGUUGGUAAUCAAGUUGGCCGGGGACAAGCAAUUACAAACGCAGCUCUGCGCCUCCAUGAUGCUGGGAUUUCCACAUUGUUGUUGGUCAACCGUGAAGACAAAGGACUCAGCAGAGCAGUGCAGGUCAACAACACAGCACUCGCCCAAGUCAUUGUUCUUCCUCCCUCUGGACGUUCACAGUACAAUUCAGUCCUCCAAAAGAUCAUGAACUGCCAUGUCUGCUUAGAUAUCUGCUCUCCAGACCAAAUGUGUGACUAUACGCCCCCAUCAGCUGGUCGUGACAGGAGAUCAUUCACCUCUGAUGUGGACAUCGACAUGGCUUUUGUCAUAGACAGCUCUGACUCAACAUACCCAACGGUUUUUACUGAGAUUAAACGAUACAUUGCUCACAUGGUGGAACACCUUCAUGUGUCUUCGAAUCCUGCAUCAUCUAGUAACAAUGCCAGGGUGUCUGUAAUCCAGCAAGCACCAUACCAGUUCGUCCAAAACAAAACAGGCCCUGCUAUCCAUGUGGACAUUGGUUUGAUGGAGCAGACCUCAGCUCAAGACAUAGUCCAAUUACUGCUGGAGAAAACACCGCAGUUAGAGGGAGGACGUGCUCUGACAGCCGCAAUUGAAUCCACUGUGGCGCAAGUGUUUGAAACAUCCUCUCUUCCACGGGACAGGAAGGUACUCAUUCUGUUUGUAACAGGAAGUGUGGAGGAAGAAGAGGAGCAGCUGCUACAAAUUGCGACAGAGGUCAAGUGCAGAGGCUACUUCUUGGUAAUCUUUGGUGUAGGCCAUGCACUGAGUGCUCGGGAUGCUCAUGUCCUAUCAGCCAUGGCCAGCGAGCCUUCAGAUGUCUUUUUCAAACGUCUGAACAGCAUCUCGCACUUUUAUGACAAACACAUCCAGGCCUUCGGCCAGCUGCUGCCAAAGUACAUUAGCAUUGAAAAUGCAUUCCACAUGUCCCCUGAACUGUCAAAAAAAUGCAAGUGGUUCCAGAGUGACGAGCCCCAGAAAAACCCAUUCACAUCUUCACAGCAUCAGGAGAAAUAUCACAGACCGCAAGAAGUUCAUCAGAAAAAGCAUAAUGAAGCAGCAGGGUACAAACAAGUUAACCAAAUCAUCAGUGUCAGAAAUGCUACACGCCUAGACACACCACAAACUGUUAACGAACUUGCCGACCCGUGCUCACUUGACUAUGACGCUGGAAUGCCGUGCACAGACUAUCAGGCUAAGUGGUUCUUUGACAAAAAGAACGGGUUCUGUACACAGUUCUGGUAUGGAGGUUGUGGAGGGAAUGAAAAUAGAUUCAACACUGAGGACCUCUGCAUUAAAAGCUGCCUGAGGUCAGCAGCCGCGCCACAGCCAGAGGAGCAGAAGGCUGAACCGGUGGAGAUUCUUACAGCUCCUGCCACUGAAAUUUGCCAGCUCCCUAAAGAAGAAGGUACUUGUGCCAAAUUUGUCCUCAAAUGGUACUACGAGGCCGCCACCAAGAGCUGUACACGCUUCUGGUAUGGAGGCUGCGAUGGAAACCAGAAUCGCUUUGACUCACAUGAGCAGUGCGUGCAGACUUGUGGAACAGCAGUACCGGUCAACCAAGAAACACUCACUUCAAUAAGAACAUAGGACAAAAGUGACAGAUAUGGCCAGCUUUUAUCUUUGCAUUGGGAUUCUUCGGAGAACCAUCAAAACUGACCAUACUGUAAGGAUGCAUUAUCAAAGCAAUGGAGGCUGCACUGGAUUAAACAAACAACAACUUUAUCCCCAAUUUUCUUAAAGUAUUCUUUUUUCACAACAAGAAAGAAGGCAACACGAUUAGCUGCACGAAUCUGUUGAUGCUAAGUGGUAUGUUUGCUUUACAGAUGGAGAAUUGAGCACAUACAACAUUUUGUAAUUUUCUGGAACAGUGACAUCUGACAAGGUUUAAUAGUCCUCAAAAUAAAACACAAAUUAAUAUUUUGAAGAUGGAUUAUCAAUAAAUAAAUGAAUGUAUAACUGAGAAUAUUCUAAUGCAGUAAUUUUGUUUUGUGUAGUGUUUUUCUACAAUUCACACUAUCAUUGCUAAACCUGGCUGAAAUUGUUGUCAUACUUGAUCCCUGUAGAAACAUGAAUUCCCCACUUUACCACUGGAAAGUCCACAGUGUGUUUCACAGGUUUUAUAUGGGAGUGUGUGGGUAUACAAGCGACAGUGCCCAACUCUCAGAUGCACAUGUUAAUGUCAUAUUAAGUGCAUGUCUGGGUCUUUUGAUUCAACAAAUGUUUUCCAGCUAUUGAGAAAUUAAAUGUACUUUCAGACUGGUUUGGAUUUCUUUAUGUCAUUUGGAUAUACUGAAGUUUAUGUUUCAUUUGAGUGUACAGGAAAUAAACAUGACUUCAACUUUUUAGUGAACAUGAGCAACUGACUUGUUUAGAACUAUAUGUUAGAAUAAAUAAAAAUUAGAAGAGAGUUUAAAGUGUAAACAUAUGAUGUCAUAUGUGGUGGGGGGGUCCCAAGACAUUAUAUUUUGACUUGUAUAAGUAACAUAAUUGGGUAUAUCUGAAAAGGUUUUAGUUUAAAAAGUGGUAUUUUCCUCAAUAGAAAAAAUGUGAUCAUUAAAAAGGCACUUCUUUACAUAUACAUCCCUCAAUUACCUUUUGUUCUUUCCUCUAAGACUUAAGUAUUAGUGGGUGUGUUCACUAUUAAGAAAUAUUUUCAUACAUUUCAAAAAAAGUGAUGACAAUAUCCUGAAUGUGGUGCUGUAAAUAAGAAUGGUUUGAAUUAAAAAUUCAACAUUUAUUCAAAACAUGUGAAGGCAUAAAAGAAUAAACUGAUAACUUCUCUGAAAACUUUGAAUGAAGACCUUAGCUUUUGAAAAACAUGUUGUGAUUUGGAAUCAAGUUUGUUAUGUAUUCUUCUUUGCCCCAGUUGUCUUGUGAAAGGAUCAAUAAACUGUUUAUUGCUGCCA